AUGUCUGCUAUCAGUGAAUUCUGCCAUCGACUUAGCCACAUUGCGUUUCUGGGAUCUAGGCUUCAUAUAUGCGUAGGUUCAGAUUUGAACAGGCAACGGAAAACGCGCUCUUCCGAUCUAGAAUCUACGUCGAAUUCCAUCUUCCGCUCCAUCCUGUGCCCUUUAGAUACCAACUUAUAUCUUCCGAGUCCAAAUCUAGAACCUCGCAAGAAACCGGUGAGCCUGUCUCCCACAGCCCCGCGGUUGAUUUAUCAACUUCCUGAAGAAGACAUACGUGCUGACGUCGAAGCUAUUAUGGCUGCUGUGAAAGAACACAAAAUAGCGGUCGCAAUGGCAGAAAUGAACAGAGGCAAGCAAGUCUGCUGA